AUGUACCAGACGUCCCUGAAGUCAAAAGAGAACUACGAGAACGGCAGCUGUGUGGGCGUUCUCAGCGACAUCAUUCCCAAGCUCACGUGGUACCAGCUCUUUUCGCUCAUUCGUCCCGCUCCUUCUGGUCCGGUCGGAUUCCUGUUCAUUGACUCUGUUGGGGUGAUGGCCAAUGUGAGUCUUGGAGACGUCAGCGUCACAACCGUCGGCAUGCUCAUCGACAGUGACACCCCUGUGCCAAGGAAAUACCUGGACAAGUUCAUCAAGAACCGUGCGGAAGCCGAAAACAAUCCUCGUGCCUUAUUCGAAGACGAAGGAGCACAUUGCACCGCAUGA